CAGAGCUGGCACCAGUGUCGCCGAGUCGAGCAACCGUUCGGAGCGGCGGAUGACCUCGUACGAUGGCAAGCCAACGUACGCCGCCCUCGCCAGAGGAUGUGCGGGUCAGACGGACGGCCUGGCGCGAGGACGACAGCGAUAGCUCGAGCUCGUCGAGCGUUCGAUCAACCACGCCGGCACCGUCUGCCAGUGCGAGCAGAAAGUCUUCCAGGAAUGUCUUGUAUGGCAGAGGGAGCUCCCCUGUCCCCGGCACAUCUCCCGGCGCAGAGAACAGCUUCUCGCGACCCAAGAGGAGCGGCAGAACGCCCUUGUCUCCGUCGCAAGCUGCUACCACGACAGGCUCGCCAGAUGUCAAGAAGCAAGGCAGCAGGAUGUUCCCCGAUACGAGCAAACCCUUGCCUCCGCUCCAUCGGAGCUCGGCAGACUCACUGUCGCGAGGCAAAGAUGCCCGGGUAGGCUUGGGAUUAGCUCAGCCCUCUGCGACCGGCAGGCAAAGAUCGGACUCGCUCUCCUCUUCCUCGAGCGAUGUACCCCGCAAAUCGCGAACGAGCUCCACGCCUGAUCUCGGGCGCACUGUGUCUGCUCCCCGAACGAGCAAGCCAAGCUCGAAGACGGCUAGCCCGCAGCAGUUGUCGAAACGCGGGUCGGGCCUCUUUGGCGUCAGGAGUAGAGACUCUGGCUACAUACAAUAUGAUCCAGAGAGUAUAGCCAUGGGGCGUACAGCCUCGGGUAGCAAACGCGAGGGAGGAUCUUCCUCAUCAUCACUCCACUCUCGGAGCGCCCGUCGUACGUCGUCCAGCUCGAACAGGCAUCAGAGCCCCGCCGAGCUAGGCUUUGUAGCUGUCUCUCAAUCGCUCUCGAACGAAUCCGGUAGUGCUAGCACCUCCACGACUGGUAGAUCUGGCUCGAGACCUCACUCGCCUUAUCAAUCUGGCUCGUCCGAGUUUCCUGCGUCAGCCCAACCGCAACGCCGGAUUCCGCUGGGCAGCCGCUUGUCGUACAGCAGCAUAGAAGCACCCUCGCCCACUCUAAGUGAUUCAAAGUCCAUCUCCAGUCAGUCUGAUCGCAGACGAUCAGGCGCGCCUGUCAAUCGAGCACGCGCGAGCUCGGCUCAGCUCUCUCCAAGAAUCUGGACAACUGAGCUUGCGCAGCCUGUCGACAAAGUCAACAGCUCUGAAGGUGAGAUGGACAAGUUCUCGGAAGCCGAAUCUACUACCUCUUCUCGGCGCUCGAGAAGAUCGACCGAGCAGUCACUCCGACUGAUCGGACGUGGUGGCAUAGCGACACCGCCAGCCGUGCGAGAAGAUGCCUCCGAUGGCGCAUAUCUAGAUGUCAAAGCGAGACCUUCCUUAGAUGAGCCUGACACAGCACCUCGUGUUGCUAACAGUCGCAAAGCGCCAGUGCCCUUACCUGCCAAAUCGCCGAGACGGUCUCAGACGAUUGCAAUGGUGCCAGAUCACCGGUCUGCCAGUUCACCAGCGCGAAUCGCUUUGCCCACACUGACCGUGCAGUCUGCGAGCCCAUCGCCUCGCAAGCCUCAGAUACCGCUAGAAAUCAAUGAUGAAGGAGCAGAGCAGACUCCUACCAGCGCAAGUCCGAUCAGGCAUGAUUAUGCGGGCUUUCCAGACACUGCGGCGGACACACCAGUCGAUGCGGAGCCUGCAGAACCGGAAAGCGUGCCCAUGCCUCGCAUCAGAUCUGCUGGAACAAUUGCAGCAGAGCCAACCCAACGUAAUUCCUGGUCGCCGCUAUCCCUUGCUCUAGGCUUGCCGAAUCUCGUCGGGCUCGGCACAAGCACUCUCAAAGGAUUCCGACCCGCCGAUCUGGCUACGCCUACUGAAGCCGAAGUGCAAGAAACGCGACUUGUCUCGCCUGAUCUGCAUCCCAAGGGACACAACAAGCAUGAUUCGAUCACAUCGCUUGCUAGCUCAAGAAGCGACUGGUCUGCCUACUCGGUUUAUGCAUCAGAAUCGCCUGCAUGGGAAUCGCACAGUCCCACAUCGCCUGCUUUCAAUGCCGCUUCUUUCAAUCAAAUUCAAGAGGAAUCGGAGGAUGAUGAUGCAGGCGAUGACUCGGAAGAGGCGCAGAGGGCACGUCAGGCUCGCAAAGCCGCAGAGGCAGAUCGUCGUAAAAGGACAGCGAUCAUGUUCAGUCAGCAGGCAGAUCGGAUGGCCAACGAUACUUCGCCCACAGACAGGACGCGCCCACCUCUACGCGUUGUCCCUUCGACGUCACCUCCUGCUGCUGGAAGCUAUUCUCCAGGCUCCUUCACGCAGGAGGCUCUUUUCAACACAGAUCCGUAUCCUGGCGCUGCAAUGCCUAGCAGCCCAAGACGGGGUAACACAGAAGAUGGCAGUGCACCGCGUACGCCGCCAAGAACACGUAGCAAAGCCUCAAGGGCGCCGGGUGAAGCGACUUCUAUGACUCGCAGAUCUUCAAACGCUUCCCUUAUCAGUCAGAAUAGGGGCAAUUCGCCUGAUCUGCCGAGAAGACAGUCUAGCUUGUCCAUUGAGAAAAUGGAAGCGAAGACGAAGCGACGUGACAGGUCAGGCUCCUCGAGUCCGACUGCGUUCCGCAAUUCGCCAGUUUCCACACCUGGCUUGUCAGCGUAUGCCACGCCAGAUGUCACGACGCCGCCAGACGUCAAUGCGUUAAACAAGGCAGACCUCAUCAAUCCUCGUGCGCCGCGACAGGUCUCUGGCGGGAUCAUGCAGGUGGCAGCGGCAGAUGAGAAAGUAUCCAAGCGACUCACGCAGACAGGCGACAAGCUACAGGAGCAUCUGCAGGCCGAGCAAGUCGCACUCACUCAUCGACAACAGCAAAGGCGAGGCUGGGCGAUACAGGAGCUUCUGCGCACAGAAGCCGCUUUCGCGACUGAUAUGGCCAUCUUGCGAGAUGUCUACCUGGCUCGAGCGCGAGGCAUGGAUCUGCACGCGAUCAGCAAGCAUAUCAGUGAAGUCGAGUACGCUCCACCUACGCAGCCAAUGGAAUUUCACGAGCCAGGUCUAUCGCACUCGACGGCGACAAGCGAACGCCUUGCAAAUGGUCGAAUAUCGAGUACAGCGUUUUCGCCUUCGGCAUCGUUCACCUCAUCAUUCGCAACGCUCGUAGCGCCAUCCACAACGUCACUCGAUGCACCGCUCAGCGCUCAUGAUAUCAAGAAGAUCUUUCUCAAUCUUGAGGAUGUUGCCAGCUUCUCAGAGCGGUUCUCGACGCUUCUGCAUUCGGCUCAGGGGACGCUGGGUCAGCAAAGUAUGGAUGGGCAGUCGGCUACGAUUGUAGGCGACACAAUCGGCGCGACCUUUGUAGAGAUGCUGCCCCGUAUCCAGAGCAUCUACACGCGGUACUGCUCACGACACGACGCGGCUAUUCAGCGACUGAGCGAGAUGACGCCGUUCAUCGGAGAUUAUCUUGCGGAAUGUCGCGACCUAUGCCGGACGAUGACAAAUGCUUGGGAUCUCGCGAGCUUGCUCAUUAAGCCCGUACAACGCGUGCUCAAGUAUCCUCUGCUCAUCGAUGCAAUCUUGAGCAACACGGCAUCAGAUCACCCGGACUACAAUGCCCUUCGGCGUGCCAACGAGGCAAUACUCGCGGUCGCAGAAGACAUCAACGAGGCCAAGCGGCGUCACGAGCUCAUUGGCAAGGCCCUUGGCCGAGGCUCGGCGAAGUCUGCAUCCAAAGUCGAUGUCUCUACUAGCAAAGCAACCAAAAAGCGACCCGAAAACUCUCAUUCUCGUGCAUCGCUGAGCAGCGUCACCAAGAAGUUUGGUCGUGCCAGCCAGAAAGCCAGACAAGAGCUUGGCAUGGAUGCCCCGCUACAGAUUGAGCAGAGCCUCACACAUCUGAUUGAAGAACUUGAUGCAAAGGAAGCUGCAAUCCGCAACUUUCGCUCGGCUGCAAAGGCGUGGUCGCGCUCGGUCGCAGCGUAUCUGGCUUCGCAGAUCUCGCUCCUCGAGCAGUGGGCGUUGUGCAACGCGCGUAUUGACGUCUCGGCCAUGAUGUCUAUUGCCGACCGCGGAGAGAAGUCAUUGCUCAAUUCUGCGCUCACUGUCAUCAGACUAUCUGUCGCGGAUUGGCAGAAGAUGGACAUACAACUUCGUGCUCUUCUGACGAAUCGAAUCGAUCCUUUGCUGAUCCUGCUGAAGAAUCCGCGGAUCGUCAUUGCGAAUUGUCAAGACAAGCUGCUUGAUAAGGAAAGAUACAAGAAUGCGAAAGGCUCUGCGGAUCGCGCAAAGGGACUUGAAGCGGCAACGGCCUGCGAUGCUCUCACGCUGCAGCUGACGGAAGAGCUGCCUCGGCUUUGCGUGUCAAUGACGCGCUAUUUCGACAUUGUCCUCGUUCAAUGGGCACAGAUUCAGGCGGGCUACUUUAGCAAAAGUCAUGCUCACUGGGCUAGCAUUCGACUACCGGCGAGCUCGACAGAUGCUCCCGGGUCAAGCUUGGUCAUGCAAUGGUGGCUCAAGCACAAGAACGCGUCUGAAGUCUACGAGCAGCUACUGCUUUCCAAUGAUUCGUCAAGACGCCCUAGCCUGCGUGAGAGCACCGAGGGCGAUCCUGCCGACACGAUCUCUCUCGUCGAAAGUAGUAGAGGACCUUCGUUCAAGUCGGUCGGGGAAGCAUCACCGAGCAUGAUGUCGUCGACAACCACGCCUGAAGGCUCAAUUCACGCGCGACGUGCAACGACAGAUGCAGUCAUCGAUGCGGACACUGUCUCGAUAAAUGAGAGACCAGCGAGAGCGAGCCUGCCACUCAGCUCGGGUGCAGCUGCAACUGCCCGACAUUGGCUGAGUCGACGGCGUAGCCGACCGCGCAUCAAUUCGGAUGAAGGCGGAUUGACGCCGGAGAACGAAGAAGUGCCGCCGAUGCCGACUGUUCUCCCUGCGCUCGGCUUCCAGAAAGAGAGCGUCAAAGCGAGCGCGGCAACAAAUUCGUCUCUGGGUACGAAUGUUGGUGGCGAAUCUCGUGCGUUAGAAGACAAGCCGGUACUGUAUCGCGUACGAGCAGUAGACGACACCGAUUCGACUUCACCAAACGGAUCUGCGACGACGUAUCCCAUCAUUUCGCAGCGUGCUGGCGAUGUCUACGAGGUGCUCCACGUAGAUGCGCCAGAACGACCGGAUACUUGGCUGUUUGUCCGCACGGUCUACAAGUCCUACGGCUGGGUCAGCGCCGUGGGUGUCACACUUUUGCCAUGAGACGAACAAGAUUAGCAGUUUUUCUUUAAUGACGGGCAGACGGAUGUUUUGUUGCGACUUGUGAUGUACCUUAGUAUUGCAGCAUGAGUGUGCAU